AUGGGCGCCUCCAGGCUCUACACAUUGGUGCUGGUGCUGCAGCCUCCGCGAGUUCUCCUGGGCAUGAAGAAACGAGGCUUCGGGGCCGGCCGGUGGAAUGGCUUUGGAGGCAAAGUUCAAGGAGGAGAGAGCAUCGAGGAAGGGGCCAAGAGGGAGCUGCAGGAGGAGUGCGGUCUGACCGCGGACACACUCCACAAGGUGGGCCGGAUCGUGUUCGAGUUCGUGGGCGAGCCGGAACUGAUGGACGUGCACAUCUUCCGCACAGACAGUGUCCAGGGGACGCCCGCGGAGAGCGACGAAAUGCGGCCCCGGUGGUUCCAGCUGGACCGGAUCCCCUUUGGUGACAUGUGGCCCGAUGACAGCUACUGGUUUCCCCUCCUGCUUCAGAACAAGAAAUUCCACGGGUAUUUCAAGUUCCAGGGCCCCAACACCAUCCUGGACUACACGCUCCGUGAGGUGGACGAGGUGUAG